CCGUCGUUUUAUGGAACUAUACAACCGUGGUGAUAACAAUUGAACUCUGUUUGAAUUUGGGUUUAUCGUAAAUGUUAAAUACAACGGUACAACAUAGUAACGUGUUAAAGCCUCAUUUAAGUAAUACAUGCGCAAAUUAAGUUAAGAAAUAGUGAAAAUUAGGAAGAAACACAUUCGUAAGUUUUGAAGAAAAACACUACCAUAAAUUGAUUCAGUGAAAGUGGUAGUUCAGCAAGUAGAGACAACCUUCGCAGUAUUCAAAAAUAUUAUGGCCAUCAUUUUGGCAACUUUGGCGGCGGUAUUUGCGGGUAUUGUAAUACCCCUGUACUUGUAUUGCAAGCAUAAAUUUAACUACUGGAAAUCAAGGGGAGUACCAAAUAAAAAGCCAACAUUUCUUUUUGGCAAUGCCCUGAGUGUCGCCUUUUCGCCCGAUCCAAUUAGUCUGUACAUAUCUAAACUGUGCGGUAAAUUUGGCAGCAGUCCCUACUUUGGCUUUUACAGCUUUACGCGGCCUUACCUGAUUCUAAAAGAUCCUGAUAUUAUAAAGCAUAUUUUGGUGAAAGAUUUUGAUGCAUUUCCUAACCGCCUCGAAGACGCGCCUUGGGAGCCAAUUCUAAGCAACACUUUAUUUGCGAUAAGAACGCCUAAUUGGAAGGAACUGCGCGCGCAGAUGUCACCGGUAUUUUCCAGCGCUAAGAUGAGGUCAAUGAUGAGUCUAAUCAUGGAGUGUGGUAAAAACAUGGAGCAGUACAUAACGAUGAAGGUUGGAGAGAAUGUGGAAGUGAAGGAGGUCUGUAGUAAAUUUAUGACUGAUGUAAUUUCCUCGUGCGCUUUUGGAAUCAAUACGAACUCGUUUAAACAUGAAAAGAAUGAGCUAAAAAAGCACGCAGAGAUGAUAUUACCCAACACGAUUAUUGGUUGUUUGAAAAUGGCAGCUUAUUUUUUUGCUCCUACAGCAGUUAGAUUGUUAAAGUUCCCUUUAUUCAAUAAGGAAUCGGUUAAAUUCUUUAAAUGUAUAUAUGCAACUGUCAUCAAGCAACGCGCACAAAACAACGCGGGAAGAAAAGAUUUAGUCGAUAUUCUGAGUAAAAAUCCAUACUUCUGUCACGAGUCAAAUGAUAUGUUAAUAGCAAAUCCCCUCGUCUUUUUUAUAGCAGGUUUGGAACCUACAAGUAUUGCAAUCGCUCUUACUCUACAUGAGUUAGGAGUAAACCCCAAUAUUCAAAGAAAACUGAGAGCAGAAAUUGCUAGCGUAACUGGAAGAUGCGAUGGUUUAACAUUCGAGGCAGUUAACGAGAUGAAGUAUCUGCACAUGGUUAUUUCUGAAACCUUGCGUAAAUAUCCCAUGACGGUAAUGAUACCUCGCCAGGCUGUUGAAGAUUACAAAAUUAAAAAAACCGGAUUGAUUAUAGAGAAAGGUACGCAGAUUAUCAUAUCGCACGAUGCACUUCACAAAGACCCAAAGUAUUUCCCAAAUCCCGAAGUAUUCGAUCCUGAACGGUUUAGUGAAUCCAAUGUUCACUCAUUAAAUAGCUACACCUACUUACCUUUCGGAAAGGGUUCACGGAACUGUAUAGGUGAAAGAUUUGCUCUUUUGACGGCAAAAGUGGGUAUAAUUUACGCACUUACCAAGUUUAUGGUGCAUACAAACUCUAAUACAACGGAUCCCAUGGAAUUUAGUCGUUCUCUCUUCCUAACGGCCAAGCAUGGAGUAAACCUGACUUUCACGAGAAUUUAAACUAUAGUUUUUUGACAAGUUUUCAAUAAGGGACACAUGUGCAUUCAAUGACUGCAUAAAAUGUGGACAAUAUACGAUUUCUUUUUUAGUGCAACUUGAUAAACUUGAAAGUUGGGAUGUCCUGAACUUUACUUGGAAUUAUGGUUUGCUAGCUUAUCCUUUACUAAAUGUUUUACCUUUUUUUGAGUCUUCCCUUUGUCUUUCUUUCACUCUGAAUUACUACACAAUUUCUAAAAAUUUUUCAAAUUUGAAACAUUACACAUACAAACACCUAAACAAUUUUUUAUUUCCCACUUUGGUACCAGAUAAAAUGAGCAAGAAAAUAAACCUUUGAAUUUGGGUAAAUUGUUGUGUUGAAAUUGUGGAAUAAAGAUUCUUGAACAAAACAAACCUUAAAUCUACACCAAAUUCAGUAAGCUCUUCAAAUUGCAAAUUAGAUUUAAUAACAGAAAUUUAAACAUUGGUUGAAUCCUUUAAGCCCAAUUACUUAAAGCUCUAUGUUAAUUAUUAACCUUAUACAAUUUCUUUGUACAUUAAAGAUACUCAAUAUUUAUUUUGAAUGCUUAAACAGAAAUAAAUAGAACUAACCUUGGA